CUGCUGCCCCUGGCAGCACUGCUGCUCUACAGGCACAGCCCCCCCUUCCAGUUCCUCUGCAAGGUGGCCUUUUUCAACUGCUGGAUCGUGGCCUUGGCCACCCUGCUGUCCCCCGUGGCCGCCCUCCGGGGACGCUCCGUGGAGAACAUGAGGCUCCUGCGGGCUGCACUCCUGCCCCUCAAGCACCUCUACGGCAUCAGGAUGCGGGUGAGGGACUCCGAGCUGCUGCGGCUGCCGGGGCCCUUCGUGAUCGUCUGCAACCACCAGGCUUCCCUGGACCUCAUGGGGAUGGUGGAGGUGAUUCCCGAGCGCUGCGUGCCCAUCGCCAAGCGGGAGCUGCUGUACCUGGGCACGGUGGGCUGGGCCUGCUGGCUCAGCGGCAUCAUCUUCAUCGACCGCUGCCGCCGGGACGCGGCCAUCGAGGUCAUCGCCCGCACCGCCAGCGCCAUGCGGCAGGAGAACCUCAGUGUGUGGGUUUUCCCAGAGGGCACCAGGAACCCAGGCAAAUCCAUGCUGCCCUUCAAGCGUGGGGCUUUCCACCUGGCCGUGCAGGCCCAGGUUCCCAUUGUCCCCAUUGUGAUCUCUCCGUACUGGGACUUCUUCAGCCCCGAGGAGAAGAGAUUCACCUCUGGGACCUGCACCAUCCGAGUCCUCCCCAGGGUGGAAACGUUGGGCCUGAGCCCAAAGGAUGUCCCCAAACUGACUGAGAGUGUUCGCCAGGCCAUGGCUGAGGCCCUGGCCGAGAUGUCCAUGAGUGACCACAGGGACCAGGACAUGGAGCAGCCUCUGCUGGGGCCAGGGGAGGACAGGGGCAGCCCCCAGGGCCAGGGGGACACAGCCAGGAGCAGGAAAUAG